GAAGGAGCGCGGUCAAUCAGUUGAAGGUAAGCUUUUUUCCUUACACCAAAGGCUUAUUAUCAAAACUCCAACACAAACUAGAUCAUCUCUCUCGGAAAAAUCCAACACAAACUAGGUUUCCUCCUCUGCAUCCACCACACAACGCACUCACGGCCUAACACAAUCACCAUGGCGCCAAGCAGCACCAACCGCGGCCGCCGCCGCGUGGUCCUCCUACCGCUGCCAUACCAAGGCCACAUCAAUCCCAUGCUGCGCCUGGCCGCCGCGCUACACUCCCGCGGCCUCGCCGUCACCAUCCUUCACCCGGAGACCCGCGCGCCGGACCGCCGGAAGCUCCCGGCGGACUACCGCCUGGUCACCAUCCCGGACAACAUACCGCCGGAGCUCGCCGCGUCCGAGGACAUUGCGUCCUUCGUCUUCGAGCUGAACAAGAACUGUGCGGCGCCGUUCCGCGACUACCUCACCGGCGCCCUCAGGGAGGAGGAGGGGGAGGACGGCCGCCUCGCCUUCGUGGUGGCGGACGUGGACUGGUACGCGCCGCUCUCCGUGGCCAGGGAGCUGGGCUUGGCCGCUCUGGCCCUCAUGACCAGCAGCGCCGCCAGGUUCCUGGUGUACAUGGCGUACCCAAGUCUGUGCCGGAAGAGCUAUUUGCCCGUCCAAGAGUCAAAUUUGAACACUACAGUCGAGGAGCUUCCCCCCUUCGUUUUCGUUGUACGAGACUUGGAUUCCGUCAAGGACAUGGCUGGACACCUCGCGUACGCCGAUCUUCUCGCCCACAUCGUCGCCGGCGUGCGGCAAUCGUCCGGCCUAAUAAUCAACACGUUUGAAGACAUCGAGGGCAUGGAGAUCGAGAGAAUCCGCAGCGAGAUCACCCUCCCGGUGUUCGCCGUCGGCCCUCUGCACACGAUGACAUCGUCUUCGUCAGUAGAGAGCAGCCUAUUGAAAGAAGAUCGCAGUUGUUUGGAUUGGUUGGACUUGGACACACAACGGCCAAGCUCUGUGAUCUACGUGAGCUUUGGGAGCCUAGUGGGCAUCGACACACACGAGUUCUUGGAGAUCGCCUGGGGCCUGGCCGACCGCCAUCGCCCGUUUGUGUGGGUGGUCCGGCCGGGGCUGGUGCACGGUUGCGAGUCCAGCACGCUCCCCGAAGAACAGGCCAAUAGCUCCUGUGCGACGUCUUUUUUGUGAAUUGGAAGCAGUGCGACAUCUUUCGAUGAAAUAGCUCUC